AUGGAGCAGUAUCGAGGUCGAACCAAGCAGCUGGGAGAUGUCAAACAGAAUUGUUCCCUGAAGAUUGAUCCUCUUCACCAAACUGACAUAGGGCCUUUUCAUUUCAGGAUUGAAAUUAAAGGCUAUGACUAUUAUUCUUACCAUCAGAACAAAGUCUCCAUUACAAUGAUAAGUGAACUAAAUCCCAUCAGUUUCUCUGUGGUAGAGGAGGUGGAGGAGGGUGUGAGUGUGUCUGCGUCCUGCUCUGUGUCUCAUUCCUGCCCCGACUCUCCCCCCGUCUUCACCUGGAGUCACUCUGGACAAAAACAUUUCCAAUCGCAGCAGCUUGUCGAUGGCCAGUGGCAAGCAACAUCCACGCUGACCUUUCAACCCAGCCGUGCUGAUAACAACAAGCCUUUACAAUGCAAUGUAACAUACAAGGGAGGGAAGCACCAGAACACAUCCAAGGUCCUCAAAGUACAAUAUGCCCCUGUGAAUGUGAAGGUUGAAUACCAAUUAAAUGUAAAGGAGGGAGAGGCUGUGAGGCUGAAAUGCACAAGUGAUGCUCGUCCUGCUAGCAGCUUUGAAUGGCAUAAUGCCACUGGCACUCAAGUGCACAAGGGGGACAUCUACAUGCUGAAAAAUGUCUCCAGACACACAGGUGCCCUGUACUGUGUUGCAACCAACACAAUGGGACAGGGCAGAUCAAGCCCUGUGCAGCUCAAUGUGUCAUAUGCCCCUGAGAUUAAGACCAUUUCUUCCUGCUCCUCAGACGGGGAUAUGAUGAAGUGCAUGUGCAUUGUAGAGUCCAACCCCCCCAGCAGGGUCCAUUUUUUGCUUUCUGACAGAGUCCUGCAAAGCACCAAGUUAGAAAUCCAUGGCCAUCUCACCAUCGGGACUCUGCAGGCAAACUUGGGAUCAUUUGGAUUCAUCCAGUGUGUGGCAAACAACAUGAUGGGCAAUGCCAACAUCACACUCAUAUCAACUUUACCGGAUAAAAAUAAGAUGCUGAUUCCUUAUUUAGCCAUCGCGGGUGGAGCAGUCUUGAUUCUGAUGAUACUAAUAGCAGUGGGAGUGUUCAAGAAAUGCAGGGGGAGAUCUGAGGACGUGUCUUCAUCUCAAAUGCACACCAUUGAGGUCCCUCAGUACGCUGGAACACCAAGGAAAAAGCAGUGCCAUGAUGAUGUACAGUACCCUAGCAACGAUCACAUAUACGGUAACAUGGAGAGUGAAUGGGCUACAGAUGACGAUGCAAUAUAUGCCAAUACAUAACAUAAACAAGAACAUUGCUGAAUGCUUCAGCAGAACUGCUGCAGUGCCUCUAUGUGUCCUCUCACUGAUGUGAUGAUUAUGUUGGUGAAGAAAGUUGAAGCUGUUAUGUGCUAUGUUCUGUACAGUACAUA